AUGGAAAACAUUCCGGAUGAAAUUUUGAACAAAAACAUUUUCGAACUUUUGGAGGAAGAGUUGCAAAAAUAUAUCCCUGAUUUUGAGUAUUUCGGGAAUGAUUACAAUGGUAUGUGGGAUUAUGUAUUAGAAGUAAUGGAUAAUCAUAAAGAGGAUGAUGCCACAUUUACGGUUAAAAAGUUUUUGGGUUAUUUCUUACCAGAAGAGGGAUUCAUUCCAAAAUCACCACCUCCACCAGAAAGGAAGGAAGUAAAACCAAAAAGUUCAGACGAUUUCAAAUAUUUAAAUUAUGUGAAGAAUGUGAAGAGGGUUAAGGACGAUAAUACAUCAGAACUACUGAGAUUGAGAGUCGAAAACGAUAAAUUGAAAAAAGAAAAUAGGGAGUUAAAGAAAAGAUUAAAAGAGGAAUUAAAGAAAGAGGUUGAUUAUAGGAUAGAUUAUAAACAUUAUCUACAAUCGUUUUAUAACGAAGGUGCAGAAUUUAUGGAAAAAUUAGAACCUAAGGAGGAAAAUAAAAUUGAUGUAAGAAAUUAUAAACAGUGGAAAGCGUUAAAUUCAGACGAGAAUCAAAAAACAUUAUCAUAUGAUAAAUGGGAUGUGUUUAUGAGAAAUCCUUAUGAAAACGUUUUGGAGUUAAGAGAUUUAACAUCAACGGGGAGAAAGUCAAUAUUUCCUUUAUUGAAAGAAUGGAUUGAAGAGUAUUUAGGUCAAAUGUCUGCAGAAAAUAAAUAUAUGUUCUGCUUUAGGGUUAAUUAUAAAUGGCAUUCUAAACCAUUAACUCCUGAAUUAUUUAGAGAAUUGAAAGAAAAAUUUACUUAUGAAAACUUUUUAUAUUCAGCUGAAAAUUCAUUUGAUAAUUACAUUUCAGACCCAGAAAUUACAGAACUUCCGCCAUGGUAUUUAUACGAUGCUAUUUCAUUAAGGGAAGUUAGAGAAAAAGGUUAUAAUGAAAUUGGCGGUUCAUUCUUCAAAUACUUUAAUAUAUUAGGUUUAAAUUUAGAAAGAUAUCAGAUGUUUACAGAAGUUGUUGAUGAUAAGGGAAAGCAGAUACCAGAACUAAACGAUUGCUGCUUCAUUUAUGCACUUCAGAAGUCAGGGAAUUUUGAAGAGGAUAGUUUAAAUUCCAUUAGAUUAAGAAUCCGCAACCGUAAUUUAUCACAGUCGAACGUUAGGCAUUUAUGCGAAGAGUUCGGGAUUAAAGCAAAAAUAAGACAGUUUAGACUUCCUCCGAAGCCAAAAAGUCCAAAGGGGUUUCGGACAAAGUCCAUAAAGCCCAAAGGGGUUUCAGGUUAA